CGUGACAAAAAUAUUUUCUGAGCAUGCGCGUUGUAUCUCCAGGUUCGCACGUCGUCCUUUUAUCGCAGUAUCAAAAAUUGAAGUUGGGAAUAUUUCAAAAGCUGUCGGGGUUGGUGUGUUUAUUGGGAUAAGUUAACCUAACUUACAAAAGCGUACAAGCAAGGCUGAAAUACUCACAAUGUUUCUCAAAACAUGUUAAUGUCAGUCGUGGUUGCUGGCUAGCAGCAGUUAGCAUGUGUUAUUUUUGACAAUCUUCAACUUUUGUGGCUAUUAAUCGGAGUGUCGGUUGAAGGAAUGGGACGAAAGAAGCAGGGCAAGUUUGUGCGUUCCGAUAAUAAAGGAAAAGAUAAACGACACAAGAUGAAGGGGAAAUCAUUAGAGGCCUUCACAGAAGAAAUGCAUUCUGCAUUUGAAGCAAGUUUUCACCUAGAGGAAGAGGGAGCAGAGAGGCCCCAAAUCAAAUUGCCUUGUCCCCUUGCCAUGUGGGAGCUGGGACAUUGUGAUCCUAAACGUUGCACAGGCAGAAAGCUGGUCCGCAAGGGCUUUGUACGCAACCUACGUCUCAAUCAGAGAUUUAAUGGACUCGUAUUGAGUCCAAUGGGCACAAAGUAUGUGACACCAGCUGACAGGGAGAUUGUGGCCCAGAAUGGACUAGCAGUGAUUGAUUGCUCCUGGGCCAAACUGGAGGAGACGCCAUUCAAUAAGAUGAUUGGAAGUCAUCCGCGCUUACUGCCAUACCUUGUCGCCGCAAAUCCUGUCAAUUACGGGAAGCCUUGCAAAUUAUCUUGUGUUGAGGCUUUCGCUGCCGCUUUUUGUAUUGUAGGUUUUGAAGAGCUGGCCGUGCUUUUGUUGAAGAAAUUCAAGUGGGGCACCGUGUUCCUGGAGCUUAAUAAAGAUCUGCUGGAACGCUAUGCUGCAUGCCUGUCAGAGGAUGAGCUGCUGGCUGUAGAAAAGGACUUUCUCACGUCUAAAUCUGACGAGGAGGAAUUUGAUCCAUUUGAUGUGAACUCGGGGGUAGAAUGUAUGAAUCUCAACAGACGUCAUAGGCUACUUGAGGAGGAGGAGGAGGAGGAUUCUAGCGAGGAUGCUGACACAUCAGAGGAGGAUGAGGAUGACGAAGCAGCAGAUGAAAAAAACAACGAUGAGUCUGAACAUGUCUCACACAUCGAAGAGGAAGUAGCAGCGGCAGCAAAGUCGUCACAAUAAAACUUAUUUUAUUU